AUGAACUAUGAUGGCCUGUUGUCACAGUUAACAACGGACGAUAAACUGAACCUGUUCCAGGUUACAACGGGCAGGACAUUAACCGAUGACAUAGCCGUGGAAGAUGGUGCAAUAGAAGAGGAACAGGCUGCCACUAUACAAUGUGUUAUCCCACCACGGUCAUCGGUGGCAACGACGACUAGCAUUAGUUCAAACACACCCACAACUACAGCGGCUGCAAGUGCCAGUGGUGGUAGUGCUGGUAGUAGUGGUGGCAAUGUAAAGACAGAGCAAACAUCCACACCAACCAGGAAAAUCUCAACAUCAUCACGUUUUAUAAAUGCGUUUCAACAAUUGUACACAACAUCAACGGCUACGUCGUGUGUGGCUGGUGCCACAGACAGUGAUGACACGGAGGCCGUCAAUAAUGCUGCAGCGUUAUCGGCCGCUGGUCGGACACCAACCAAGGGCAUGGAAUCAAAACUUCUUUCAAUGUGGCACAAUGUCAAAUAUGGCUGGAGUGGAAAAUUGAAAUCGAAUUUUUCCAAAGAGCAGCCAGUGUGGCUUUUGGGACGAUGUUAUCAUCGUAAAUGCACUCCGCCCUCUUCGAUGGAAAAUAGUUCGGAAUUGAGUGGAAUGGUGGGACAGCAAGAUGAAAAUAAUAUGACAGUUUCAAAUGCCUAUGAUACCAUACAACAAGAUGCGGCUGGUGGUAUUGGAUUGACUCCAAAUAGCAGUUCAUCGGCCCUAUAUCCAAUUUUAAAUCCACAACAGGUUGAGGAAAUUGUUGUGCCACAAGAAUUGGCAUUGGAUGCCACCGAUAAUCAGGUGGGCGAAAAUCCCUGGGAAGAGGGUAUUGAGGGAUUCAAAAGAGAUUUCUAUAGUCGUAUUUGGAUGACAUAUCGACGUGAAUUCCCCACUAUGAAUGGUUCGAAUUAUACCAGCGAUUGUGGUUGGGGUUGUAUGCUGCGUAGUGGACAAAUGUUGUUGGCCCAGGCAUUGUUGUGUCAUUUUUUGGGAAGACGCUGGCGUUAUGAUCCUGAAUCUCAGCUGCACUCAACUCUGGAGGAUAAUAUGCAUAAAAAGAUCAUAAAAUGGUUUGGUGACAGUUCAUCAAAAAGUAGUCCAUUCUCCAUACACACCUUGGUGAAAUUAGGUGAGGAAAUGGGUAAGAAGCCGGGAGAUUGGUAUGGCCCGGCAUCUGUUUCAUAUUUGUUAAGGCAAGCUUUAAAAAAUGCUGCCCAAGAAAAUGCUGAUUUUGAUAAUUUAGUUAUUUAUGUGGCUAAGGAUUGUACAAUAUAUAUUGGUGACAUUGAAGCCGAAUGUUGUAUACCCGAACCAACACCCAAAUCCCAUGUACCAUGGAAAAAACAACAUACACCAAAAUCAAAUGAAAUCAAAUCAAAUUGGAAAUCAUUAAUUGUGUUGGUGCCCUUACGUUUGGGUUCGGACAAAUUAAAUCCUGUGUAUGCUCAUUGUUUAAAGUUAUUACUUAGCACGGAAUAUUGUAUUGGUAUCAUUGGAGGAAGACCAAAACAUUCAUUGUAUUUUGUGGGUUUUCAAGAGGACAAAUUAAUCCAUUUGGAUCCCCAUUAUUGCCAAGAAAUGGUUGAUGUUAAUCAGGAAAAUUUCCCCCUGCAUUCAUUCCAUUGUAAAUCGCCAAGGAAACUGAAAUCAAGUAAAAUGGAUCCAAGUUGCUGUAUUGGUUUCUAUUGUCAAACAAAAACCGAUUUUGAUAAUUUUGUAGAAUCUGUGCAAAUGUAUUUACAUCCCAUGCGCUGUGCCUCAGGUUCAUUGGAAAAACAAUUACCUCAGCCACAUCAGCAACAACAACAACAACAAAUGCCUUCUAGCUUGACCAACAGUUUUACCGAAACAUCCAAUCAAUAUGCCGAAAUGAAUUAUCCAUUAUUUUCAUUUUCUCGUGGUCGCUGCCUUCAGCAUGAGACCAUCAAUGAAAUGAGUGAUUCUCUAUAUAAGCCAUUGCAAAAACAAUUGUUACAAAUUAAUCAGGAUGUAGGCGGUGGGCCAAUCGACGAUGACAGCGAAACUGAGGAAUUUGUAUUACUUUAA